AUGGCAAACGCAACAACAUCCGAAGAAUGCAAAAUAACAGGUGAUGGUGAUUUAGUAGGGGUAGGGGUAAGAAUAUCAGUUUACAUACAAAUGUUACUAGCGAUUAUAAAGGUAACGAAGAGAGGAAAUCAGGUUAUAGAAACGAUGGUAAUCGGAAUGAUAACAUCCCUAGCCUUAGUAAUAUCUGCUAUACACCAACGUAAAACCGCAUAUUUGCAUUAUCUACUUCUAAUUGAAGUAUCUCAAAUUGUAUCGAUGAUGAUAGCUAUGAUAUAUGUCGCGAUCAUGUUUGACGGAAAUAAGGGUAUUAAGAAAAAGGCGUUUCGUAUAGGAAUUCUAUUCGUCAUAGUUACCUUAUUCACAUUAUGCUACAACAUAUGGGUAUGGGCAACUGUUAAAUGGAAGAUGGCUGACGAAGAGUGCGGUGAUCAAGUGAAAAUUUUUAUAUUAAAUGCCCAAAUCGACCCAACUGGCUGGUUUCGAAACUUUUCGUUAGCAAUGAAUUGCAUUGGAUUAGUAUUAGUACCGAUCACCCUUUAUUAUGUGAUAUUGUGGAUUGCCACAAUUGAAACGACAAUACGAAAAAAUCUGGUAUCGAAUAUUUGGGGUUGGAACUUUGGACAAGUAGCAGCUAUGACAGUGGCUUUUGUAGAUCUAGCAAAUGCAUUAAUUUUGUUUGAUCUAAAAGAAGGCGAAGAAGAUGAAAUUGAAUACCCUAGAGCUUAUAACCAAUUACUUAUCCUAAAGAAAAAUACAGAACAAAUUAUGGAAAAAGAUAAUAGAAUUGAAGAUUAUUUGUGA